AUGGUACGUAUCAAAAAUCGAUGGAUUCUCUUCGAAGUAAUUUUUGAGGACAACAAAAUACCUCCACUUCCAUCAUUACUACCACGACACCAACAACACGAACAAAUAUCUAGUGGUGGUGAGGAUGGCGACGCAGCACAACCAUCAUCCUGGCGACAACACUCAUCUACAAAACAACCACAAACACAGUCAAAUACUCUCUAUAUAACCACUAAAGAGAUUCAUCACGCACUACGUGAUUCUAUCUGUCUUAAUUUCGGUGAUGUCGGGAUAGGAUGUGUGAGCAGCUCGUUGAAUGUAAAAUACUUUUCCCCAUUCACAAAUAACGGGAUCUUGCGUGUAUCACGUGAUCAUUAUCGUAUUAUCUGGGGGGCAUUAACAUUUAUCAAUGAGAUACGUGGGCGUCGUUGUUUAGUUCAUGUAUUACAUGUUGGAGGAACUAUAAAAAAAUGUCAACUGGCUUGUAUCCAACAUAAUCGUGACCAGAUUUUGAAGAGACGACAGGCGGCAGAAUCGCGCGGUGAUGGUAACUUGGAACCAUUUGAAUUGUUGCUUGAGAAAUCUCAAAAAGAAGUAAUGACUGUUACAUUGUGA